CUCUCUCUUUCUACGUUCCGAGUUACCUUCUCCAUCUAAACUUCCCCUCUCCAUACAUGCGACACCCAUAAUCAGACCAUCUUACGGGCGAGGGCUUUCGCUCUCUCAUUUCGCUGCGCUCACGACGAUUUCGUCGAUCGACUCUCAUGGGCCAUCUUCUCUACUCGCACGCCCCGACUCUUACUCAACCCCAGCCACAGAUCCGCUUGCCUCUCGCAACAGGCCUUCGCGACCCUUGAGAUCUAUACCAUAGACACACGUGGAAAGUGGUGCGGGGAGAAAAGAUGACGACUCUUACCACUCUCUUUGUCGUCGGGCCGGAGGAGUACGUUGAGUUCAACGAGAGUAUGGGCUCAAAGGCCUUUCUGGAACACGUCUGGGAUCAGCGCACAACACCUCUCAAAGCAGAUGAAACAUCCGCAUCGGGCACUCAUCUCCAUACGGCCGGCGCACGCAUCUCCCCGGACCCGCCCCUUCGGAUUGAAUUCCCCACGAUCGUUCGAAUCAAAGGAAAGGGCAACAAGUAUAAGCCGACGGGUCGCUGGAUAAGCUGGGAGGACCUCAGGAAGCUCAAUCCGCUUGCGCUCAAUGCCCCGCCCAGCCUCGAGGAGUUUGCAAAGCGUGGGGGAGACGUCGGGUCAGGUCCCAAGCUCGAGCCGGGCAGCUGGCUCGGUACAGACAAUCGGAAAACCCGUCCACCGAAGAAAGUCAGCAAAAAAGGCGACAGAGAGGUCAAACCAAUGAGCGACGGCUGGUUUGGGGAAGAAAAGGAGGGUCUGGGGGAAGGAUCGGCUGAAAGCAUCUAUGCGCCCUCGGCCACCAAGUUGGCGACGGCAGCAGACUGCUCGCCUUCCUCGAGCACAGGUACCCUCACUCCGACGAAAGCUACGCCUGAGGGCAAGCUGACUAGCAAGGUCGGCUCCAGCAAGCUUCGUCAAAGCGCCAGCAGUCGGAGCCUUUCAGAGAGAUUUGGCAUUGGGUUCGCGGAUCCAUCAGAAGAGCCGAUUCCUCCGAUUCCAUCGACGGCAGCUGGUGCUGCUACAGAAGAGUCUACGGAGGCACAAACAUUAGCAUCGCAAGGACAAGAUCGGCAUGUAGAGGAAGACAAAGGGAGAAGGAGGCCAGGCGCUCCCACAAAGUUGACCCUUUCCGACAUACAGACGCACAGCGUCGGGGCCAGUCUUGGCUCGGCCACCUUACCAACUUUUAUCGCUCGAACGCCACUGAGCGCAACACACACGCCGCCAGAGACGCCCUUGAAGCAUGUCCAGCGGGGACCUUCGCGAUUUGCACGAGAGUUGCCAGCCACACCUCGUACGGAACAGGCAGUGGAGAGGCUGAGGGGCAUGGAUGGCUCGGCAACGAGCGGCCUUCUUCUGGACACUGGCGACGAAGCCGACUUCGAAGGCCCAAAGAAGGCUGCCAACGAAGCUCUCAGUUCCGAAGACAAGCAGCCGCAGCCUCCUUCAGACCGACCUAUUGAAGCGACGACGAGCACUCCCAAAGCGAAUGGCGUUGCUCCGAACACUUCGAUGCCGACUUCGAGCAUCAGCCCUGCCAAGAACCAGAUCGAUUCUAUGUUGGCCAAGCUUCGACAAGCCCGGUCAGGCUUUUCCUCCCCAGGAAGCAGCGAGAGUCGCUGGGCAAGCAGCAACGCAAAGCAGGAGCGAAAAAUCGAAGCCGAAAAGGUUGAUAGAGAAAUCGAGAGGCUGGAAAAGGAGAAGAAGGAAGCGACCACUGCUGCACCCGCCGUGACCCUGACAAAGACCGAGGACGCUGCUCGGGCUGAGGUGCCUGUGUCACCACCAAAGGCGCCCAGGGCGCUUCGCGAAAAAGAGGCAGGAGUAGUGGGGGGCAGCAAUGGCAAGAAGAACAAAGUCGAGGCCAGCGAAAAGACGCUGAAAGUGCCAAAGUCUCCGGUGGAUGGAGAUGUGAAGCAGCACGAGGGAUUGGAGAGCGAUUCAAAGUCCAAGGGAGAGGUUGGCAAAGCAAAGAAGGAGCGCAAGAGGGGCAGCAGGUCAGGACAGACACAAGGAGCAAACGGGUCUGGAGCAGGUGGCGUCAAGGAGGAUGCGGCUAAAGUUGGUGAAAACACAGGGCCAAAAGGAGGUGGUCCGAGAAGACCGAGCGGUGGAAGCGCCUUCUCCGAAGAAUUUUCUUUGGGUGGGGCGAUUGCUCCGACGCCUUCAACAACGAUUUCCACUUCGAGAGUGCAGUCGGAGCUUCCGGCUCCUGUUGUUGAGGAGGAAACCUCAAAGCCCAGCACCAAUGUCUUGUCUUCGCCGAAGCCGCAAGACCAAGCGUCAGAGAAGACCGUCGAAGAUGUAGCGGAGAAAGACGCAAAAGAAGUCGAGGAAGAAGAAAAGACAGCAGGCCACGUCCGAGCCGUCUCCGAGACAGCCUCUUCGGUCGGCAACGACACAAGCUUCAACUGGGCUGACGACGAUGACGACGAAGCGUUGCCGGACCUCCCAGAAGAGUGGGGUUACACACCCACCAAGGCACCCGCAGUCGCUGCUGGUGGAUCCGACAAGAAACCCAGAGGCUACUACGUCGAGGGCGGUGGAGGAUCAGGCUGGACGGACGAUGAGGACGAGAGCGAGAACAGAGCGGGUGCCAUGUCGCAAGAGUCCAAGAACAUGGCAACGGCAGGUGGUUCAGAGGGGGGAGGGGCGGCGGGGGGAGGAGGAUCGAAGCGAGGAAGCAAGAGGGGAGGCAAGGGGAGGUCGAACAAGAAGGACCGAGAGCCAGCUGAAGAGGGAAAAGGGCACAAUGGCACUUUGAGGGGCUGGGCAGAGCCUCCUGUGAGAGGCAAGGGAGGGGGAGGCGAUGGAGGUGGCGGCAGCGGGGGGAUCAAGAUCGCGGGAGUUGCGAGGGAAAGAGCAAGAGAGGCGGGUGCGCCUCCUGCACUAGACCUGCAUUCGAACGGCCUCCAUCAUCCACAGGGCCAUAAUGCCCAAAGAAGAGAGCUGUUUCCCGAUUCGAGAAAUGCGUCGCUCAAGUCUCCCAAUGGGUCCGCCUCUUCGCCGGGCUUUGGACGUUUUCAGCAACAGCAGCAGCAGCAGCAGCAGCAAAGACCGCCAAAGCAUCCUAACCGGCAUCCCGAUGCGCGUGCCCCGCUUCCCCCCAACGCAAUGCCCCUCUCCAUGGCUGCGGCCGCGCUUGGCGGCAAUGGGCUCAGCAGGAGCAAGGAGCCGCCGCGAGCACCAAAGGCAGACCUGCGCGCUGCGGCCGCUGCUGCCUCUGCCGCUUCAGCAGCCGCCUCCAAGGAACAACAAGCGAGGCCGGCGAGGGUCACUGGUAACGCGACUAAUGAAGCGUCCGCCAGGACGACAAAGGGCGCACCUCCAGCGCAGGGUACGUCAUCGACAGGCGGCGGUGGUGGCGGCAAGGCCAAGAAUGCACCCUCAGGCAACGCCAAAGCAUCAAAGAGAUCUGGCGGCGGCCCUAGAAAUUGAGCAGGACCAGAGGAAUGGGACAAUCAGCCUUCGUGUGGUGGGGGGUUUAACUUGAGCCGCUGUUUUUGGGACCAUAGUUUCUUUUCAUCUUUGUGUCUGUGCCUUGUACGACUAUCUGAUUGGGAUCUCUAUAUCCUUCACAUUCAGCACAUCCUGGACUUGUCUGUAAGAUGCACCGCUGUGGCGAGAUUGCUCUGCAAG